GUGACGGAACUGGCCACGAUAAAGCGCCCGCAGGAACGCGGGUAUAUGAUGCAGCGUUGGCAUGACAACGGCGGAGUUCUGGUUCUGGGAUAUGAAAUGUACAGAAACCUGACACAAGGGAGGAACGUGAAGAGCAAGAAGCUGAAGGAACUUUACCAGAAGACGCUGGUGGACCCCGGUCCGGACUUUGUCGUGUGUGAUGAAGGUCACGUGCUGAAAAAUGAAGCGUCGGCCAUUUCCAAGGCCAUGAAUUCCAUCCGGACGAAGAGACGGAUCAUCCUGACCGGGACUCCUCUGCAGAAUAAUCUGGUGGAAUAUCACUGCAUGGUGAACUUCAUCAAGGAGAACCUGCUGGGCUCCAUUAAGGAGUUCCGGAACCGCUUCAUAAACCCGAUCCAGAACGGGCAGUGCGCCGACUCCACCAUGGUCGACGUCCGGGUCAUGAAGAAACGCGCCCACAUCCUCUAUGAGAUGUUAGCUGGAUGUGUGCAGGUGAGAAGGGAGAUGUGA